UGUCUCGCGCCUCUCCCACAGCUCCCUCCGUGUCGUGCGUGUGUUUCAGCACUAGUGGCGCGUAACGGAGGUGAAAUUCAAGAGACAUGCUUAGUCGGGAGCCGUCGCGUUUUCAUCUCGGUAGUGUGUAUAGCGUGCGUCUUUGUGUAUUACGUGUUGGUAGUGAAUAUUCGUGACACUGAUCUUUGUCUACGCGUUCGGCUCAUUGUUCCUUGUGGCCGUGUGCGUUCGCUUUCUGUCCUCAGCAGAUACGCAUCACUCAUCUCUCCUCAAUCAAGAUCCUGGAAUGACCAACCGCAAAUAAAGGGGCUCGCGCCCUCCUGCUCAGAUCAUGGCAUGCGCCUCAUCAUGCACUUGCAUACGCGCGCCGCCGACGCUCGACAGCAGUGAACAUGGGGCUCAGGUCGAGAAAUGGCGCUAACGGCGCCCAGGACUCACGCGAGCGGCGGAAAGACGCGGUGGCCGGGGAGCUCGAGACAUGCACAAGCCACGAGCGGGACGGCGCGCUGCUGCUCGCCACCUCGGCCAGGCAAGCGGAAUUUAAACGUGGUUCGCAGAACUUUGGCCUUUUGGCCAAGACGCCUAUCGGCUACACGCGGCCCGUGAAGAGGAACAACAUCCGGAAAAGGCGCAUCCAGAAUCUCAUCUACGAUGCCCUGGAGAGACCGCGGGGAUGGGCUCUUCUCUACCACGCGUUUGUGUUUUUGAUAGUUCUGGCGUGUCUCAUUUUGGCGAUUCUAACAACGUUUAAAGAGUAUGAAGAUGACUCAGGUCACUGGCUGGUGGUUCUGGAGACAUUCACUAUUUUUAUUUUUGGGAGUGAGUUUGUGCUCAGGAUCUGGGCAGCAGGAUGCCGUUGUAGAUAUAAGGGUUGGAGAGGACGUCUCAAAUUCGCUCGCAAACCACUGUGUAUACUGGAUAUCUUUGUGCUGAUAGCGUCAGUGCCGGUAGUUGCUUUAGGAAACCAGGGAAAUGUUUUGGCUACAUCUCUUCGGAGUCUGCGCUUUCUGCAGAUUCUGCGUAUGCUACGCAUGGACAGGCGAGGUGGCACCUGGAAACUACUGGGGUCUGCAAUAUAUGCUCACAGCAAGGAGCUGAUCACUGCAUGGUACAUUGGCUUCCUGUCUCUUAUCCUGUCCUCCUUCCUGGUCUAUCUUGUGGAGAAGGAUGUUGUCUUGAUGACGCUACCCAAUGAUGAAGAUGGCACCCCAACACCUGCCCAGGACUUUGAUACCUAUGCUGAUGCACUCUGGUGGGGACUGAUAACUUUGACAACCAUUGGGUAUGGUGAUAAGACACCGAAGACAUGGCCGGGACGUCUUCUUGCCGGAACCUUCACUUUGAUUGGUGUUUCAUUUUUUGCACUGCCAGCGGGUAUACUGGGCUCUGGUUUGGCCCUUAAAGUUCAGGAGCAGCAUAGGCAGAAACAUUUUGAGAAACGUAGACACCCUGCAGCUGGACUCAUACAAUCAGCCUGGAGAUACUAUGCUACUAAUCCUGUCAGAGAAGACCUUACAGCAACAUGGAGAUUCUAUGAAACAGUGAUCUCUUUGCCAUGCUUCAGGAAAGAAAAUUUGGAAGCGAUUGCAAGUCAGAAGCUGACUCUGCUGGAUCGUGUACGGUUGCCCACACCACGGCCAUCUUCAGUGAGAGGCUGGCUUAUGAUGCCUGCUGGGAAUCCUGUCAGUGGAGCAGGGAAUGGUGGACCAGCAGAGACGGCUGAAGAGAGUCCAUCUAAAGAGGCAAAACCUGCUGGCUUCAGCAACAGAGAGAGAUUCAGAACUGCAUUCAGAAUGAAAGCCUACUCUCUGAGACAGAGUUCAGAAGAUACGGCCGGGCUGCCAGACCCCACCCCUGAGGAGAAGGGCUUUCCCCCUGACAUCCUGAUGGAAGAGAUGAUUCCUACUCUUAAAUUAGUCAUCAGAGCGGUGCGGAUUCUGAUAUUCCUGUUGAAUAAAAAGCAUUUUAAGGAGACCCUGAGGCCAUAUGAUGUAAAGGAUGUGAUAGAGCAGUACUCUGCAGGACACCUGGACAUGCUUUGCAGGAUCAAAUACCUCCAGUCACGAAUAGAUUUGAUUUUUUCUCCUGGUCCACCUCUUACUCCAAAACAUAAAAAGACCACCAAAACACCUUUCCCUUAUCCAUCACAACAGUCUCCCAGGCAUGAGGCUUAUCUGGCUAAACCAGGCCUGCCAGAUAAUGAGGACCAAAGCCUGAUGGGCAGAUUUGUCCGGGUAGAGAGACAGGUGACAGACAUGGAGAAGAAACUUGACUUCCUGGUGGAUAUGCACAUGCAGUAUGACCUCACUGCCCCUGCCCCCAUUACCAUGGAGCGCAGUGAUGUCACUGUCAGUAUCAGCGGAGACCGAGUGUACUGCACCUAUGCCCCGCCUGUUCCCUACAGCCAAUACUACAUACACUCAAACACACUGUCACACACAAACCCACCCCGCCCGACUGUCCUACCCAUCAGCCCACUGCCAAGCCACUCCCCAAACUCCCACUUUGAACUAUCUGAACAGCUGUAUUUGGACCAGAGGGCAGGCACACCACUGUCACUGCUGUCUGUCACACAUGAGGAGCUAGAGCGAUCACCCAGUGGCUUCAGCAUCUCUGCCGAGAGAGAGGAGAUCACAGGCAUUGGGUCAGGAGUCAUGGCAAGGUUGAACUGGGAUCAUGAGUGCCAAUAUUUAGCAGAGGGUGAGACAGAUACAGACACUGAACCUUUCACCCCAAGUGGACAGGCUCCACUGUCCUCUACUGGAGAUGUGUUCCCUACAGAGGAAGUGUGGAUCACUCCACCUUGAUCUCUCUUUCACACACACACACACACACACACACAAGCACGCAUAUGCACAUGCAUGAAAGCACGCACGCACACACACAGAGACACACACUUACAACAAUUACACAAGUGCAAAGUUAACAGUAUAUAGACUGUUUUUUAAACUACAGACUCUGUACAGCACACAGAUACACACACUUACACACAAAUACAAUAUUGUUACUAUUGGAAUAUAUAAAUAUAUAUCAACAUGCUUUACCGCUGCAAAGCUCGGAGCACUGCAUGGAAUGCAUGCGUUUUAUCUUUUUGUCUUUAGUGGUAGACAUUGCACAAGUGCAGACCAAGAAGGGAUGACGUGAAAUGGAAACUCCUAUAAAAACAGAAAAAAAAAAGAAAAAAACGAAAAGAAAAAAAAAAAAGGAAAACUAAAUGCUAUGCCAUUUUUGUACACUUAUUUUUAUAUUUACAACCAUCUUCAUAUGCAUGGACUGCAUGACACUCACCUUUAGAGCAGUUAAUGUUCAUUAUAUUUUCCUAUUCAUUUGCACUUAUUUGGUUUCUUUUUGAAAUGCAGAGUAUUUGUUAUAACUCAAUUGGCUGUCUCUGUAAAUGUCUUAUGCCAUGUCGCAUAUUGAUCAUUACCAAGUGCACUUCCUUGGACGUCUCAGAGUACACAUGUUGUGGAUUUGGGUGACCAGAGUCACACCAAUGCUGCUUUGUUCACUUGACUUUAGUCCAGCUACUCACCUUGGAAUCUGUACUGUGGUUGAAUGACUUUCACAGCUUUCACAACUGCCAGCUCAAAGAAUGUUAGUUCCACACAUCAUCUGCACCAAGUCAUUUCAGGUUGUUGACACUGAGUGUGGUCACUUUUAGCCACUCCAUUAGUUUCAUCUUUUAUUAUUAUAUGAAGGUAUUCUGCCAGCCCCAGUCAGGGGCCAUCCGACCACCACAAGUGGUUCCUCUCGAAUAUUCAGAACAUGUAGAAGUCUUCCUUUAAAAUUACUUAAAAUGAUUUGUAGAGGACAUUUUUUAUGUAAAAGUGUAUCAUCUUCAGCUUUUCAACUAAAAAAAAAACAGUACCUGCCAAUAGCUCAUUAUUGCCAAUAGCUCAUAUUUACAACUUAAUGGACUUUCUCAGACUUUGUAAUAAGAUUGCAAAAUAAGAAUAAAAACCUAUUGAAUCUC